UGUGUGAAACUUUCAAUGGAAAAGAACGAGAACUUCUAUUUACACUUCCAGUAAAUAUAAUAGAAAAUGGAAUUUCGAGGCACGUAUUUCAAAAAAGUGUCAUUGUCAGUGCCGACAGAAGAGUACAAUACGAAGUGUAUUGUAUGCCAAUAAAUGUAGAAGGGACAUGUCUUCCAAAAGUUUUACAUGAUAUUGAAAACAUAUCAGAAAUUCUGAAAAAUUUCUAUAAUAUGCGUGUAUGUAAAGGCUUUACCUCAACGGAUAUUUUCUUAAUACCAGCAAAUGUUGCAUUUAAAAACACGUCAGGCUCAGAACUGUGGCGUCACAAUUCUUGUGAACUUUCAAGUAAAAAUACCUUAAGGUGUAAUGUUUGUCAAAAAUUAAGAAAUUCAUUGCUUCAAAAAGAAAAGAGACUGAAAAAGAGAACUAAGGCCAAAGUAUUGUCACCCACACACUAUCCUACUCAGCAAUAUAAAUUGAAUGCUCUGAGAAAAAAACUAAAUUAUUGACGGCGUCUGGCGAACCGCCUUAAAUUUAGAUUAAAAGUAAUAAGUGACUGCCGCGUGAAACAAAAAGAGGAAGUUGCUCAAAUUCGCGACGAGACUUUGGAUAAAAAGUGCGCUGAAUUUAAUGUCUCAAAGAAGCAGAUACUUGCCAUUAAGGAGAUUGUUGCUGCUGCUAAAGCGGAAAAUCCGAAGGGCCGUAGAUAUCCUGAGCAAUGGAUAAUGCUCUGUACUCUAAUGAAUAUUCGAUCCCCUUCGUAUUACGAAUUCCUAAGAAAAAAUGAAAUUCUUCCCUUACCAUGUCCGAAAACCGUCCGUGACUACUUUAGUCUAAUGGCAAGUGGUUGUGGUUUCGAUGAAAAUUUCUUUGAAAUUUUAGGAAAGAAUUUCAAAAAUAAGGAUCUAUUUAAACGGCAUGGCAUCAUAUGUGCAGACGAGAUAAAUCUAAGAAGAGCAAUUGCUGUUUCAUCUCAAAACUUAACGUACCAAGGGAUAACUGAUUAUGGAGAUAGCAGAAAAGAAACCGAUAUAAGCGCUGAUAAUUUAGCAACACAUGGCCUUGUCAUAAUGUACCAGUCCCUAACCGAAAAUUAUUCACAGCCUAUAGCAACUUUUGCUUUAAAAAAUCCUGUUGCGGGGGAAGAAUUAGCAAAGAUAAUGCUAAAAGCUAUAUGCCUAUUACAAAAAGUAGGGGCACUUAUACACGGAAUAAUUGGGGAUGGUGCUAGCACUAACCGAAAGAUGCAAAAAACGUUAGGCGUUCAAGCGAAACUUGAAUUCACAAAAAGCUGGUUCACUCAUCCACUUGAUAAUGAAAGACAAGUGUUUUUCUUCUCUGACACCCCACAUUUAAUUAAAAAUGUUCGCAACACACUGUAUAAUAAAGGAAAACUACGAAUACAUCCCGAAAAGGAUUGUAUUCAGUGGAAUUAUUUUGAAGAAUUAUAUAAUGUAGACAGUCAACGAAUUGAGAAUUCCCGGGUAUACCCUAAAUUGACCAAAAGGCACGUACAGUUGGACAAUACAGCAAAAAUGCGUGUUCGCCUUUCAACUCAGAUUAUAAAAGAGUCACUGGAGUGGCUUAGUGAAUGGGAAAAUAAUCAAUUGAAAGGCCUUAUUCACGCGGAUGAAUUUCUGACCAAAGAAACAGCACAUGGAUUGAGGUUAACUCUUACUUCUACGAUGGAUUUAUGUCAUUACCUAAUUGACAAGUACGAUUUCAAGUAUUUACUAACUGGAAAAGUCAAUCAAGACAAUUUAGAGAAAUUCUUUGGUACGGUUCGACAAGCAGCUGGAAGCAAUGAGCACCCCACCUGUCCUACUUUUCUUCAGCUAUAUAGAUUGCUUUCUGUAUAUAGUGCAUUAAAACCACCUGCUCACGAAAAUUGCACCGUUACUGAAGAAAAAUUUGAAUUCGUAAUAACCGUUGCUGACAUUAAAAACAUUUACAAGAAAACUGAGUCUAAAAGUACGAAAACUUUACGGGUUUUGAAAUCAAGACUAGACAAAAUUAUGCUAGAAAAAGAUUGGAAAGUCGAAAAAGUUAUCGAACACGAUGCUUCUCUAUCUCCCGUUUUAGACUGCAUUAUUUAUUUUAUUUUAGGUUUUUUCUUUUUGAUUUAAUUACCUAAUUUCAGCUUUUUUGUCGCAAAACAAUAAACAAUAUGUAGGUGGAUUAAUUAUACUAACCAUCAUAUUUAAUAAAGGAUCAUUAGUUUUUAGUUUUAUGUGAAAAACACAAAAGUGCUUGUCUACAUAGCUUCUUGUAUUGUCUCGCAUUGUUUAGUGUCAAUGACAUGUGAUCGUCCAAAUAUGAGAGUAAUAAUCCUGUUUGGCUACAAAUUGAACUUGAAAUAUUUCUUCAUUAUCCACUAGUUUCUAAUACCAGUUUAUAUUUCAGGUUAUCUUUGUAAGAAAAUCUUGAAAAGAGACAAAUAUAAUGAAUGUGCUGUGUGUACCGAUGCACUUACGAAGUACAAUAAUUACAAUUCAGUAGCACAACUAGUUGACAUGAAAAC